AUGACGGUCAGGCGGAGAUCGACGAGCUUUCUGAGCUUCCUGGCGUCUCUGAGCCUGCUCUGCCAAACUGCUGCUGCCGCCGCUGAUGUGCCGAAAGGUACUGAAGGGGUUUCUCUGAGGCUGAGCUCUGGGAAUCACAGCUUGGCCUCAAAGGAGCAGCCCAGGGUCGGAGUGGGCCAUAUCUGGGAGGAACAGCCGGGCAGAUGGCCCGACUGUGGCUUUCUUCAGCAAGACGGCUCGGUCUUCAUGCUGCGCGAUGACUCGGACAUGUUCCAAGCCGCUUCGAUGUUUUGCAGGCGGAUGAUUCUCACGAACUGUACCUCCGCAAGCGAGAUCGCGCAGCUCUGCCCGGGCACCUGCCCGUUCUUAGAGCUGAGCUCCUACUCUAGCUGGGAUGGGUUCGGGAAUCGGGUUCCUUGUGGCACCGCCUGCGUGCCGCCGCAAGAAUGCGGGGCUUACCGACCGGACCUGCCCUUCCCGAAUCCGAAGACGCAGAUGUGCGAGAGCUGCCCUUCGGAUGGCUGCGAGGAGUGCGAUUACGUGGAGGUGAAGACCGGUGGCCACGAUUCUGUGCAGUUGCGAUGCACGCGGUGCGGAGAAGGCUUCGCUUUGACGAAUGAUGGGCUCUGUGAGUACUUGCUGGAUAAGCUCCUCUUGAAGACCUACGCAAUACUUGGCUUCGUACUCGUCUGCUUGCUACUGGUUGCCGUGGUCCUCAGCAUAACGUGCAACAAGAACUCAGAAGUGCUGCAAAAAGGCCUAGAGCAUCGGGAGCGCUGCUUGCCUCAUGAUGUAGAAACCCGCGCUGCGCAGCCAGACAAGAAAGGUGGGACGGAAGAGAUUUACUACGCACGUGCUCCUCUGUAUCCCUUGAACGUCAAUGUGCACUCGCGGAACAUUGUAGGGGUCGGCUUGGCUCUUUACUACAACCACUUGGUUUUUGUGGCAGCCAUCGCAUUUAUUGGCUGGGCGCUUCUUCGAUUUUCCGAGGGUCUCUUUGGCAUGCAGCACUGGGACACUCUGCAGUGCGGAUACGGUGGAAGUGAGCAAUCGGAGUCUGCAGUUGCUGGCUACGCCAAGCGUCGAGCUUUGAUCGCCCUUUUCCUUUGGCUUGCCAUCCUGCCAGCAUCGAUCAUCUUUGCACGCUGGCAGGCUUCUGCAGCUCGGACCUACGACCGAGUCCACACGCGCAUGGAGGAUUACUGUUUCGGCCUGUCCAACCUACCACCCGAGGCUACAAACCCUGUGGAUCUUCAAGCCUGGAUCGAACAGAGGUUCGGACGUCCAAUAGAAGGUGUCUCGAUCUGCUACGACAUCCGUGGAAAGCAAAACUGCCUAGGUUUCAACACCGGGGAGUUGAAAGAGCGCAUACGGAAGAAGCUAGAUGAGCAUCUUGAGCGGCACGAGGAGAUAUUUGUAGCGGCACUCGGAGUGCCAAGGAAUCGACGGAGGACGCUGCGCCAUCGGAUGCUCAGCAAGUUACCAUCCGUCCUGGAGGGCGGCUCAAUGAGUCUCUUCGAUGGCGAAGUGAAGACCAAGGAAUGGAUAUCAAGCUUCCAGUGCAGUGGCGAAGCUUUCGUGGUGAUGAAGCAGGAAGCUGAUGUGGAGCUCUUCUUUACACUCUGGGAUCAGCCACGUGGCUUACAACGCACUGGGUCCUUUUUCUCUUUCCACGAUGGCAGCCCUUCGCUCGAGAAUGCCAAGAAGUCGCGGCGUCGAGAUCGUUCCUACCUUGGCCAGGAGCUCGAGAUUCGCGAGGUCACAUCAGAGCCGACUUCCAUUAUUUGGGAGCACAUGGGUACUUCCCAUGGCCAGUUAGCUGCUCGCAUUUGCUGUGCUUGCAUCGGGUUCCUCUCCGCAAUCGCCAUUUUCUACUUCGUACUGUACAUUCCGCUUACGAGCUCCGUCGUGAGAUAUGCGAGAAAGUCUGGCAAGCCACCCUCGCCCUAUCAGACCGCUGGCCUGGGUAUUGUGGUGGGUGCCGGCAACAACUUGAUCGCCAACCUGCUUUGGCUAGGUGUUCCUUGCCUGGGCUUCAAGAGGAAGGAUCAGGCAGACAUCGUCACCUUUGCCGCCCGGACACUUCUGGUGCUGCUGAACACGUUCAUCUCCGUGCUGCUGACUGCUCGGAAGCUCGCCGCCACCGGCCAGCCUGAGAAGAACAUGUUCAGCACCGCGGGCAGCACUCUGGCACGAUCUGCUGAGCUUUCUCGUGAAGCCUCGCUGGCAGAUGCCGUGCUGAAGAUGUUUCUGACUGGAACCUUUUCGUCGUGCAUCUUCUCCUUCUGCUUCGUUCCCCUUACCCUUUGGCAGGGGAUCUUCUUGAUCCGCACGGGGCUCCAGGGCUCCAACCUCAAGGGCCGCGACUGCGAGCGAGCGCUUCAGCCAGACGAGAUCUGGCUUCCAUGGGACUACGCGAGCCACAUACAGCUGACUUGCUGCGCCUUCUUCCCACUGGUCUUGGCCGAGCCUCCCGGCUCUUGCGCCUCGCGCGUCCUCUGCGCGGCGCUGGUGGUUUGGUGUGUCGUGAUGUACUGUGCGCAGCGCAUCAUCCACUUCAGGGCCUCCAAAGAGACCUUCUUCACAACUCCGCGCCUGGACAAGGCGGUCCUCGCAGGUUGGGCCCUGCCUGUUAGCCAGCUCGCUGUGACAUCGGCGGGCUGGGCAUGCAGAGCUGCCAGAUUCGAACUCGUAGCUUCUGUGCCCAUCUGCAUCACCACCUUCCUGGCCAGCUGUGGGCUUUACUUGGUCCUCCUCUCGAAGGCCCUGGACCACCACCAGAGCAUCCGGUAUCUGUACGCCACGAAGAGCGAGUCCUACAAAUCGGCCUCGGCUAGACUGCGCUACAGUUACUUCAACACCAACCCCAUCCAUGUGCUCAUGGCGCAGCACAUGCCGGACAUGGGCCUGAGCGAAGCCACCUGGUACGAGGCGGGGAAGGCCUACCUCCAGGCCGAGGAUCCCAGCAUGGAUGCGCGCCUCGAAGCGACUCGGGCGCUGGCGGAACAAGCCGAGGAUACUCAGAAGCGUCCGCGAUCCUUCCUUUCCCGAAUGGUCUACAAGGCUCGCGUUUGGUUCACCGGUGCCCCAAAGCACGCUUACCAAGCCCUGGAUGACACCAUCCAGUGA